AUGCUAUCAUCACGACCUAUCAUCUCCCGGGUUAUACAGCAAUUUGCAAGACGCUACCACGGUGAACAUGGUAGCUUCAAACCCCCAAGCAUGGACGAGCUCCCCGUGCCCCAGGGCUCCUGGCAGGCACAGUAUGAUGCCAACCAACGCCGCUACAACUCCAUACUCUUGUUCGGCAUUGCCUUCAGCGUUGGAUCGAUUAUCAUUGCGAAGUCUUCAGGUCUUGUCUACCUUAACUACUCUCCACCAAAGUCCCUGGAU